AUGAUUCACGAUGCCGUUCUUGAUUACUACGGUCGCCGACUUGCGACGUGCUCAAGCGAUCGGACCAUCAAGAUCUUCGAAAUAGAGGGAGACUCUCAGCGACUCGUCGAGACCCUCAAAGGUCAUGAUGGCGCAGUCUGGUGUGUUUCGUGGGCGCACCCUAAAUAUGGAAAUAUUUUAGCCUCGGCAGGCUAUGACGGCAAGGUUUUCAUCUGGAGAGAGCAAAACAACCAGUGGCAGAAGAUCUUCGACUUUGCCCUGCACAAAGCCUCCGUCAAUAUUGUCUCAUGGUCACCACAUGAAUCCGGCUGCCUCCUAGCAUGCGCCUCCUCGGACGGGAAUGUCAGCAUCCUUGAAUUUCGCGAUAACAGCUUCGACCAUGUCACCUUCCCUGCUCAUGGGUUGGGUGUCAACUCUGUCUCGUGGGCUCCAGCAACGGCGCCUGGAAGCAUCAUUAGCAGCUCUCCCGGCCCUGGUUCAGCAGGUGUAAGACGUUUUGUUACGGGUGGCUGUGAUAAUCUGCUCAAGAUUUGGGUCUUCGACUCGGCCUCACAGUCGUACAAGCAGGAACAGGAGGCGCUUUCCGGCCACACCGACUGGGUUCGUGACGUUGCGUGGUCACCAACGGUUUUGCAGAAGUCGUACAUUGCUUCGGCAUCCCAGGAUAAGACUGUCCGCAUCUGGACCUCAGAUGCGUCAAGUACGGGCCAAUGGAGCUGUAAGGUCCUCACCUUCGAUGCCGCCGUCUGGAGAGUCAGCUGGUCCUUGAGCGGCAACGUUCUGGCAGUGAGCGGAGGUGACAACAAAGUGUCGUUGUGGAAAGAGAACCUCAGGGGUGAUUGGGAAUGCGUUAAGAGUAUCGAGGAGUGA